AUGGUGUUAAGGUCAGGUUCAGAACACAGUCAGCGUAGAAGCAGUGCUAGACGAUCUAGAACGCCUAGCCAACGACCUAGCACUCCAUCACAACGUUCCAAAACUCCGACACAACAACCCAAAACACCCACACUACGUCCCAGAACUCCAACACAACAUCUGGAGACUGCGCAGCGCCCCAAAACCCCCACGCAGCGUUCGAAAACUCCAACACAGCAUCUGAACGUUACGACUCAGCGUCCGAAAACGCCAGCACAGCGUCCAAAAACUCCAACACACCAUCUGGAUGGUACGUCUCAGCGACCGAAAACCCCUACUCAACGUCCAAAAACUCCAACACAGUAUCUGGAUGCUACAAGUCAGCGACCUAAAACCCCCACACAGCGUUCAAAAACUCCAACACACCAUCAAGAUAGUAUGGCUCAACGGCCGAAAAUUCAAAUGCAACGCCCAAAGACGCCAACAAAGCAUCUGGAAUCUGCGACACAGCGACCAAAAACGCCUGUACAACGUUCCAAAGCCCCAGUUCAACGUUCCAAAACUACAACCUAUGGUAUGAAGAUAAAAGAGGCUAAGCCAUACGAUGCAUCAUCAUCUCUGGAAGUGGAUUUAAGUGAACAGAAACCACGACGAACAAGAAAUUCGAGGGCUGUAACAAAACAUGCUAUAUCAAUGUCAUCUGGGGAAGAUUCUGCUUCAAAUUUACUACACAGGGACACAAGAAUUAAGACCCACUCCAAGUCAAAGGGUCGAAGAGGAGGAACCAGCGAGCUUUUGCGUUCCAGUUCUCCUGAAAAAGCAGAUGAUGAGAGUUCUGCUCGCAGGAAUAAGAAAACAAAAAAAGUGAGGACCAAGGAAUGUAAUUUUUCCCCUCACUCUUCUGUGGACGGAUUUGUAGUGAGCGUUACCUGUCGACGCUUCCAGCUUCUCAAAUUUCUUGGUCACAACCUCCUCUUCCCAAUGACUAUCAUUUUUAAUUUUCCGUGGUCUUUCAAUGACUUCAUCAACUAUUCGUGCUGA